AUGUCGUCUGUCGAUGAGAAGGCCAUGCUGCCGCCCUCUGUCCCAGCAUCGCCAGGCGCACGCCGAACCACGUGGCUGUUCAUCCGCGUGCUGUUAUGGAAGAACUGGAUGCUCAAGCGACGCCACCCCGUGGCCACGUUGAUGGAAAUCGCGCUGCCGUGUGUUUUUAUCCUGCUUAUGGGCAGUCUCAAGACCCUCGUGGACGACGUGGACGUGCCUGAAGGGUGGAGUGAUGACAGUGCCACCAUUGACAGCUCCCAGGGCACGUCGUACAAUCUCUACCAGCCAUCGGGCACAUUCUUGCCUGGCAUUCCUGCAAUGUUACCCAAAUUCACGAUGUACGAGACGUCACUUUGGGGCAUUUUGAUGUACAUGGGUACACUCUCGAUCUCAGGAGGUACGAGGAUGAACGAACUGUCGGAAAAAGAGCUGGAACAUUGCAUUACGGGGGUCACCACUAAGGGGUUGGUCGGUCUCGACCCGGCUUCGGAGUAUGCAGUACCCAGUUCUUGCCGUGGGAAAGUCGUGCCGUACAAAAUUGCUAUUGCACCGGACAAUACGUUCACGAGAGACUAUUUCAUGCAGACGAUGGAGUUGUGGUACCCACGCAUUGAUUUAUGGAACACGUCGACGUCGGUGAUUUUUCCAUCACUGAUGGAGAGUAUCGAGUUUUUCGAUACGGAGGAAGCGCUGGAAGAUUAUGUGAGUGGCAGUGAUUACGCUUCUAGUCUGGAGAAGCCUCAUAUCUACGGAGGAAUCGUGUUCGAUACGUUCCCGAGUGAGGACAAUAUUGGGUCAUUCGAAGACAUUGAGUACACGCUGCGACUGAACUCGACCCUUCGUCAACGGGGUGAUGUGGGGAACAUUCCCAAGACAAGUGGAGAUCCGGCACAGCUGGCAACUUUUCAAAGGUCGAUCAAUGUGGAGUACUACUCGAGGUAUGCGGUAACAGGUUUCAUGACGUUCCAGACGUUGGUGACGCGAUUUGUCACGUGUAUGCCAGAGUGGGAUGCCAGUACCAAGAGUACAACUGGGGAGUGUCAACGCCCGGAGACGACAGCAGUAGCGUCGCAGGAUACAGACGACGCGCUGUUGUCGUCAUUAGACAAUGACGUCAUCAUCCAGUCUGCUAUUCAAAACAUUGCUGGAUCGGAUGUGACCUUUUCGGACUUGAAAGAUUUUCUCUCAAAUGAGACGUUGGAAGCGCUGCUGACACCACUGCGACAAGCACCACAGCCGUAUCUUGGAUCUUCGGUGGCGCCGUUCCCGAUCAAAGCGUACACGAGCUCUCCGUUCUACGACCAAGUAUCGGACGUGUUUGCAAUCCUGUUCAUCUUAUCGUACCUGUAUUCGAUUUCGCGGAUUCUCGUGGUCCUCAUUCAGGAGAGAGAGCUGAGAUUGCGCGAGUAUAUGAAAAUCCUUGGUGUGCAGGAGACAGCUAUUGUCGUAUCUUGGUAUAUGACGUACAUCCUUAUCCUUUUCGUGGGAUCGAUUCUACAGGCAGUCGUAGGGUCGACGGGCCUUUUUUCGAACAGCUCCAUGGGGCUGGUUUUCCUUUUCUUUUUCCUGUUCAGUCUGAGUGUGUUGGCAUACGGUUUUAUGAUAAGCACGAUCUUCAGCAAAGCGCGAGUUGGGGCGUUUGUUGGAAUGGUGCUUUUCUUCCUCAUGUACUUUGUGUCGGCGGCGUUGACACCAGAAACCGGUGAAAGCCAGAAGACUGCUGGCUGUCUUCUUUCCCCAGUCGCGCUUACAUUGGGUAUCACAGCCUUGUCGAAUCUGGAGGUUACUGGAACAGGCGUGAACUUUUCGAACGCCAGUGCCUUGAAUGAAAACUUUCGCUUCAGCACAUCGUUGCUGAUGUUUGCUAUCGACACAAUCUUGUAUACACUGUUGGGCCUAUACUUUGAAAAGGUUGUGCCAAAAGAGCACGGUACCACUCUGAAGUGGUAUUUCCCGCUGUCUCUUUUGAACAGGAGAAGCGACCCGAAGAAUCGCAAGACAUCGGUGACGGAACUACCAUCUGAAGCAUUAUUGGACCGUGUGUCUGUGGAUAUGAACGGUAGUGUUGAGCCAGUAAGCGUGGAACUUCGUGAUCAAGAACGGCGGGGUGAAGCUCUAUCAGUCCAGCAGUUGCGCAAGGUCUUUCCCGUUCCUGGCGGUGAAAAGGUGGCAGUGCAUGGACUCAGUCUGGCUAUGUACAAGAACCAGAUCACGUGUUUGCUGGGACACAAUGGUGCUGGCAAAACGACACUAAUAUCAAUGCUGACGGGUAUGGUUGCACCUACAAGCGGAAACGCUUCAUUUCGUGGCUUGUCUUUCACCCAGGACAUGGACGAGAUCCGUAGGUCUCUGGGUAUUUGCUUUCAGCAUGAUGUGCUUUUCGAUGAACUCACCGUGGAGGAACACUUGCGCUUUUUUGGGCGCAUCAAGGGAUACACGCAAGGUGAAUUGGAAUCGGUCAUCACCAAGCAAAUUCGCGAGGUUGGACUGACUGAAAAACGCCACGUCAAGCCGACUGAGCUAUCCGGUGGUAUGAAGCGCAAAUUGUCUGUUGCCGUGUCUCUGCUUGGUGACAGCACGCUGGUGUUUUUGGACGAGCCGACGUCGGGAAUGGACCCAUACAGCCGUCGUAGCACAUGGGAAAUCCUGCUGAACAACCGUAACGACCGUGUCAUGGUGCUAACAACACAUUUUAUGGAUGAAGCUGACAUAUUGGGUGAUCGCAUUGCGAUUAUGGCAGAAGGCGAGCUGCGUUGCUGCGGUUCUUCGCUGUUCUUGAAGAACCGUUUUGGGGCAGGAUACAAUUUGGCUUUAGUGAAGGACGACGCAAUCUGCAAGGAUAGCGACGUGAUUCACUUCGUGACGUCACAUAUACCGGCAGCACAGCUACUGAGCAGUGUGGGCAGCGAGAUUGCAUUCCAGCUGCCUCUCUCGAGUUCAUCGAAAUUUGCGUCCAUGUUUGCGGAUUUGGACGAUAACUUGCAGAAGCUUGGUUUGGUGUCGUACGGUAUCUCGGUGACUACUCUAGAAGAAGUGUUUAUUAAGGUUGCUGAAGCAGAUGACCAGGCUAGCCAACAUACGCUUGCGAAUCGAGCUCGUUUUGAAACCUCCGCGUCGAGUCAUUCAUUGGAGAGUGAUGCACGCACCGCUUCCGAGCAGACGAAAACUUAUUUUUUCUUGACUCAUCUUCGAGCCCUUGUACUCAAGCGGUUCCGGUACGCGAAACGCGACAAGAAGAUGAUCUUCUACAGUCUGGCACUUCCUGUUCUGCUUCUCGUGGUUGGUCUGGGUCUGCUUCAAAGAGCCAGCUUAACCAAUGAUGACCCGAAUCUGUCGUUGACCACGAAAGCGUUCAACUACAAGGCGGAGACGCCAACGCCUUACUUUUGCCAACCAGGCGCUACCGAGGACGACUGGUGUGACACUGCCAUGGGUGGCUCGUACUUCACUGAUGUGUCAACAGAAGCUCUCGAGCUGUCGGAACCAUCGUUUGACUCGACCUCUCCCACCGUUUUUGGCGUGACCUACACGAAUCCCACAGUCAAUACUACUGGGGCCACAGGCUACGGUUUGCGCCUGGGUGAGGAAGUUUACAACCGUGGCAACGGCAUCAAUGCGGCCACUGUGGAAGGCCAAUAUGGUGCCUACCUGGUGCAUGGUGACAGCAACAGAAACCUAUUUGGCUACAACCUGUUUGUGAACACCACUGCUACACAUGGGGCUAUAAUUUUCAAGGCACUAAUGGAUCAGGCGAUUUACCGCUUUUUUGCGUCCAGUUCUGGCUCUGACGCCUCGGACGUCAAUUUGGUAGUCAACAACCAUCCGCUGCCUUUGACUGCAGAUUCAGAAGCUAUGUUCGGGUCUUUUUUGGCGUUUACGGCAUGCCUGUUUAUCUGCAUUGCCUUCACGUAUUACCCGGCAUCCAUUGUGACAUUUCUGGUAAAGGAGAAGCAGUCAAACCACAACUCGAAACACCAGCAGUUGAUAUCCGGUGUGUCGCUGGGGGCUUUCUGGCUGUCUAACUUUAUCUGGGACUUCUCGCUCUAUUUGAUUCCGUGCGUCGCUGCACUUAUUACGAUCAGUGGGUUUGGCAUUGAUUCCAUGACUGGCGGCUCGUCGUGUACCAGUUGCACGUCCGCGACAUUCCCGUCCGUGGUUAUCAUCUUCAUUCUGUUCGGGAUGGCCAUCUGCCCGUUUACAUACUGUUUGUCGUAUUUGUUCAAGGAGCACGCUUCGUCUCAAACGUACACGAUCAUGAUCAACUUUGUUAUUGGUGUGGUGCUCAUGGUGGUAUCGUUCAUACUGGAUAUUAUUGAGUCGACGCAAGACACUAACGCGGUGCUGGUGUUCUUCUGGCGUUUGUCCCCGCUUUUCAACCUUGGCUAUGGACUGCUAAAUUUGGUGCUAAAUGAGCUAACUACCAUCCGAGAGAGCGAUGAGACGAAGACUAGUCCAUUCAGCACCGACAUCAUGGGCUGGGAGAUGAUUUUUCUGUUCUUUACAGCUGUACUGUACGGACUCCUAGCAGUACUGAUUGACUACUCAAUGACGUUUCCGAAGGUGAAGGACUGGAUGAGUGGUGGCAACGAUGUUCAAGAUGAUCCUUUUGAAGAAGACGCCGAUGUUAUGAAGGAGGCUCAGCGUGUGGCCAGCGGAGAAGCUGACGGCGACGUUGUGAAACUUGCAGGGCUUCGUAAGGUAUACCGUGGUGGCAAGGUUGCAGUACGUAACCUCUCGUUUGGUUUGCAGCGGGGCGAGUGUUUUGGCUUUCUUGGGAUCAAUGGUGCUGGCAAGACGACAACGAUGAAAAUGCUGACGGGUGAUGAACUUCCAACGCACGGCACUGCAACGCUUGGGGGGUUUGACAUUCUAACGAAACAGGUCGAAGUGCGUCGUCAAAUUGGAUAUUGUCCACAGUUUGACGCUCUGUUUGAGCUGCUCACAGUCCGCGAGCACCUGGAGCUGUUUGCUUCAAUCAAGGGUAUCCGUCGCUCGCGAUUGAACGAAGUUGUGGCCGAAAAGAUCAAGCAAUUGAACCUCGGAGACUUUGAGAAUAAGCUAGCUGGCAGCUUGAGUGGCGGUAACAAGCGCAAGCUGUCGGUGGCAAUUGCUAUGAUUGGUGAUCCACGGAUUGUCUUUUUAGACGAGCCGUCGACCGGCAUGGACCCUGUAUCGCGACGCUUUAUGUGGGAUGUCAUCGCUGACAUUUCGACUCGCGGCAAGAACUCCACGAUUGUGCUUACAACACACAGCAUGGAAGAGUCGGAGGCCUUGUGCUCUCGCGUGGGCAUAAUGGUUGGUGGUCGCCUUCGUUGCUUAGGUAGCGUCCAGCACUUGAAAUCUCGUUUCGGAGACGGUCUGGUUGUUGACGUAAAGCUCGCCACACCUACGCAGCAAGAAUUGGGUGAUCUUAUGCAGCAGAACUACGGAGACGCAAACGAGAACAUCACACGCAAUAAUUUGGACGACAAAUGCAGAGCUUUUGGAAACCAGGGACUAGCUCAGCGAGUUGCGGCCUCACACCCGACAGGUUACGGUCUCGCCAUCAUACUGGAACGUGACGGAUACGUGAAGGCAGAGUCGUUCCUGUCGUGGUGCUUGGAGGAAACUCGUUUUGACACGCUAUUCGACUUUCUCGCCCACUCGUUUAGCCACGGUAGUGUGGCGGUAAUGGAGCGUCAAAACGACUUUUGCCGCUUCAAGCUGCACGGAUCAAAUGAAGAGUUGCGAUUGUCGAAGGUGUUUGCGCUAGUAGAAGGCGUGAAGGAGACGAUGCACGUUCGCGAGUACAGUGUUUCACAGACCUCACUGGAGCAGAUCUUCAACUUCUUUGCUGCCCAGCAAGCUGAGGAGAAAGGUGUGGCUCGUGGGUUUCAGGAGCCUUGA